UAUGUUACCAACUAAAAACCUAACCAAAAGAACCGAAUGUGAAGCACCAAAAAAUCUCAACUCUAAUGAAAUUUAACAAAAUUGAAUUGAAAAUGAAUAAGGCCAAAACAGAGACGGAAUAAAAGGAGGCCGAAGAGGGCAGGAGGUAGGAGAGUAGGAAGCGCCGAGCAAUGCGGUUGUAAUUCAAGAAAUACUCUGAUCAAAUUCACCUGCCACCCAGAGUCAUUAAAGUGUAAGCACCUUCCCGAUAGCAUCAGAAAUGAGCUCCCAUGUGAGCAGUCAUCACCGACACAUCAACUCUUCAUCUAUAUAUUACUGCACCUUCCAGCAGAGUGAUUCCCCAACGUACUACUCAUAAACUGUAAUACUAUAGAGUAACUACUGCUAGAUAGUAAAUUGUGAUAAUCAACAUGACUAAGCUUUGGUUGCCGGUAUUGUUUGUAGUGGUAUCCACAAUUGCAGCCACAACAGUCGCCAAGAAACUGGCAGUACCAUAUCAGCUCUCCGGCAAAGUGUACUGCGAUACCUGCCGCUUUGGCUUCGAGACUAACAUCACUACUUACAUUCCUGGAGCGGUUGUACAAUUGCAAUGCAAUGAUAAAUCAAAUACAAGGUUGGUAUUUAGUAACACAACCAAAACAGAUGAGAAUGGAAAGUUCACUUUCCAAGUGUACGAGGAUCAUGGUGAUCAAUACUGUGAUGUUGUGCUCAUCUCCAGUCCUUGGCCACACUGUAAGAUCAUCGAUCAAGUCCGCAAACGUUCUCGAGUCAUCGUCACUAACCUCAACGGCAUCUCCACCUACCUUCGCCACGCUAACAACUUGGGUGUCUUCCAGGACUAUGCCUUGCCGCAGUGCGCUGCCCUUUACAGAUACUUCUUCCAUUCCGAUGACAUAUAGGGAAUUUGCAACAGCUUAUUGCAGCUUGCUUUUUACUCAUAUGUUGCAAUGCAAAACUGGUUUAUUCAUUUUUGUACUGAAUAAAAUAUUUUCUUUAGCACAUUACUAAGGUUUUAUGAAAGUAAAUUGUUAGGACC